CUUUGAAAUGACCGACUAAUUUUCGAUCCUUAAAACCCUAGCUCAUUUUUUUCUUGCUUACGAUCAAAGUUCCGAUUUUAGCACGCAACAAUGGUGAGCAAUGCUGUUUCAUUCGACAAGCUGAAAGCUUUGUGGCACUCUGAGGUCCACGAUGAACAAAAAUGGGCCGCUAACAUGAAACUUUUGCGAGCACUUGGGGUGUUUGCAGGAGGAGUGUUCCUCAUGCGUAGCUAUGGUGAUCUCAUGGCAGUCUGAAGAAAUCUGAUAAAAAUGGAGAAAGCCUCUCUUUAGUUUAUUACACUUUCUCAAUUGAUGUAUUUCUUCAGUGUCUCUUCUCUCACUCUCAAAAAUUGAUGGUCUUGUUUCUGAUUCACCAAUGUGAUACAACUAUUCAGUGACUGGGAUUUUCUGAUAUGCUAAAGAAUUUUAUUUUUUCA